UGUAAUUCGAUGCAUGCUGUUAAAGCUUAGAGUAUAUUGUCUUCUCUUGCUUACGAAGCCUCCACCCACCGGCCCACCCUACAUUUAGCGGAUCAUGUGACCGUGGUAAGUCAUUUGCAAGUACAACAGUUCUCUGUGAGCUCCCAUUCAUUUCCUGAGAACUGCCCUGAGCAGCUGAGAGGAGCAGAGAGGGGAGGGAGUCACAGAGAGACAGAGCGGACUGUAUAAGGAAGACAGUUUCUGUCGCUCGGCAGCUUCUGCUCAGACGCCAUCAAAAACAGGAUGUUAAUGCUAGACGGAAUGCCUGCAGUCCGAGUCAAAGCAGAACCUCUGGAAUCUGAGAGAGGGUCACCCAGAGUGCACAGUUACCCUGAUAUGGAGGCCAUGCCACUUCUUCUCAGCAAAGUGAAGGCGGAACCUCCAGAAGAUCUGCUCUCUCAUGAGCAGUUCCAGACUCAGACCGAACCCGUGGACCUGUCCAUCAACAAGACACGGACAUCAUCUCCAUCAUCCAACACCUCACCCAUUACCUCAGCCUUCUCUCCGUCCUCUUCUUCAUCAUCAUCGUCACCUUCAGUAAUCACCUCGGUCUCCUCGGGAAUGCAAUCCGUGUUGACACCCGGGCCCUUGGUUGGAUCUUCUCAAGGAGUAAGGGGCCAGCAAUUUUUGCACAUCAUCCACCCCGUACCACCCUCAAGCCCAAGUAAACUACCUAGCCAGGUGCACCGUAUCCCUGUGGUGGUGCAGUCAAUGCCCUUUAUGUACACCACAGCAGUACGCUCCCCCUCCACCAUCAACUCCACCAUCAUGUUACCUCUUCUGGACGAGGCCAAGUUUCAUGCACAAACAGGCCCCAAUGGCCUGUCGCCAAGACAAAUCAAAAGUGACAGUGAUGAUGACGACCUGCCAAACGUGACCUUGGACAGUGUUAAUGAAACAGGAUCCACAGCGCUGUCUAUAGCACGGGCCGUGCAAGAUUCCAUGUCACCAUUCAGUAUUGAGAGCAUUCGACGACCACAGCCACCUGAAUCACCAGACUCCAAGAAGAGACGCAUCCACAGGUGUGACUUUGCAGGCUGUAAUAAAGUUUAUACCAAGAGCUCACACUUAAAGGCACACCGGAGGACACACACAGGUGAGAAGCCAUACAAGUGCACCUGGGACGGCUGCACGUGGAAGUUCGCCCGCUCGGACGAGUUGACCCGGCAUUACCGGAAACACACAGGAGUCAAACCCUUCAAAUGCGGAGACUGUGACCGAAGCUUCUCCCGCUCAGACCAUCUGGCCCUGCACCGCCGCAGACACAUGCUGGUCUGAUCUGGGUUUUCUCAACUCGUUUCAACUUACACACACACACAAGGGAGAGCUGGGUCUCCCCCAAUAGUGUUCAGCUGGGCUGGACACCACAGACAUGGCCGCCCCUGCCUGAAAGUGAAGAUCGGGCUACAGAUAUAAAGGAGUAUAAUGCUUUUCACACAGAAGAGUCAAACAUGAUUCAUUCAGGAACGGAGGAUGGCUCAUCUACAGGCUUAAAAUUUGGAGUCCAGGAUGUCUGUAUCUCAAUCACUGCUUGGGCACAUCAUGCAUUUGGAAGAAUCUUCACUUGUACAAAUGGUUUGUUUUCUGGUUUGUCUUUUCGAAUCAUCGCUCUCAAAAAAUGGCUGCUUUUUAGCCACCAUCUACAAUGUGAAGAAAUACAGAACGGAUUGAAUAUGCUUGACAUGGCGAUGGGAAGAUGGAUCAUGAAUAGUAUUGUUGCACAAUUCACCUUUUAGAAAAUCAUGAGCCUGGAAGAUCUAAGGAUGAUCCGAACGAUGUAAUGAUGGAUGAGAGACUUUGGGAAGAACGUUAGGAGGUGAACAUCUUCAGGUCAACACUCCAUCGAACACCAUGACACAAACAAACAAUCAACAUUUUUAUUUAUGCUCAUUGUAUCUUCUGUUCCCCUAGGUUCUGAAAUUGUUAGCUUUGAUACAAUUUGCAUUAAAUUUGAUUCCUGAAUUAAACAAAUUAUCGUAAUAUUAAAGGUGGGGUGGAUGAUUUAAAAAAAAUACCAAAACACACUUGUAGCCAAUCAGCAGUAAGGGGCAUGGCUACUUACCGCAAUCAUUGCCUUGGUUGCGUAUGUGUGGGGUGGGUCUAUCAAAAGAAGGUCCAGAUUCUAUUGGGGUAGGGGCGUGUUUGUUUAGGUGAUUUCAAAUAUCAACACUGCCUUUCAGAGAUCAUGCACCCCGCCUUUAACUGAAUGCUAAUUUGAGUCAAUCCAUGGGAUGAGGGUUUGCUUAGACAGGUAAGAAUAGCAAUAUAUUCAUUCUGAGCUCAUGAGAGGAAAUAUUGGCCUGGUCCACUUAUAUCAGGUGGCUUUGAAACAUGGACAAAACUUACGAUUCAUAUCAGUGCCACUUUUGAAAUACCUCUAUUUAUAGUGGAUUUCUAGCUACAACAUUUUGAAGGAGUAUAUGUACUGUAAUAUCUUUAUACAGUAUGCAGAGGAAGUCUCUGUUUUCUUUCUUUUGAAAUAUGAAGCUUAGAAUUGCUCAGCGGUGAGUGUUAAUGGCCAGUUUAACAGCUUUAACAGCCCAAAUGUAAAAAACUGGCUUUGUUCUUAACCCUAUAUUUACCAUAAACUCAACAAGUGGUCAUCUUAUGUACGGGACUAAAUGCAAAAACAACUUUUCUUUUGGUAUAAGCAUCACACCAAUUCACCAAUUCCCAAAGCAGGCAGUAGAGGGCAGUGCAGUGAGUUUUAAAAAGUGAUCUAAUAGAUUCCAGAAUUCUUAGUGUUUGGUGUAUUUCAUGUUUUUUUUCUUUUUUUCUAAAGUCAUUUAUGCAUUCAUGCUCCCAUGUUGGAGUACCAUGAUGUAAAGAGAUUAAAUGAUUUACUGAGCCAUAUCCAUUGUUAUUAGAAUCUGUACCAAUAUUCAGUAUCUAUACUGUAUAUACAGCAGCAUACACUACAUAACAAAGAUACUCGAAUGAAGCAAUACAUCCCAGUUGUGAAUACAGCUAAUAAAGCAACUGUAAAUUCAAAUACAGUUUGUGUUAUAGCUAUACAUUUUCACUAAACUAUGUUGACAUGGAUUGUAAGAGGAGAGCUGUCACGCAAGCUGCCUUCUGCACUUGUGAUCCAUAAGCACUUUUAAGUGGCAAGCCACCACGAUCACUUCUCCGAUGAUGGGAAACCAGCAGAUUACAUAAAGCAUGGCUGAUCAAAUAUGCUGAUAAAGUCAUAGAUGCUGGGACAUCAAAAGUAAAUUAAUGGUAAAUGUGGUGAAACGCUGUAUAAGGGACUUAUCAAUCCAUAAAAAAGCAACAUCGUUGAGAUAACUUAGAGAUAACUUGACCAAUUCGUUUCUAGUUACUUUGUAUGUUUUGAAGUAUUACAUUCUACCAUGUUCUUUAGUACAUGUAUGUAUUUGUGUGUACACAUGCGUGUGUUGUAUAUGGGCUUGAACAUAACAUGAGCACCUUGUUUCUAUGAAGUAAUUAUUUUAAAACAUGACACAUUAAUCUUCAAUGUAUCUUAUCAUCAUAUUUUGUAUUUUUGAUGUGUGUCUGUAUCGUGAGACACUUCAUCUGCAUAUGACUAUUUUCUGUACAAAAAAAAAUACUUUUAAAAAUGGUGUAAUAUAUGUGAAAGUGAAAAGCUAUCGCUCAGUUUUACAGGCUGUAAAUACCUAUCAAAAAUAGGGCUUUUUUAAAAUACAAGGGAUUAUCUUUAUACAUAUGCAGAUUUUUUCAGAGACGCUGUUUUGGGUAAUAUGAUAAAAAGCGUUCAACUGGGCUGUGCGAGAGAAUGCAGAAGGCUCUGUCGUCUUUAACGCACAGUUAGUUGCAUGCCAUUUCUAUGAAUAAUCGAAUCAAAUGUGCAUCACAGUAUUCGGGCAGUGCUGCCUUAUAGUAUAUUUAGAUGGUAAUUUUUAGCAUUUUUUCAGUGUUUUUGUACUGACUCUAUAAAAUGUGAUUCAAGCAUGAACCCGAUGAAAUGAAUCUCCCCUGCACAGUAUUCAAGAGUCAUCAAUAACAAAUUUACAUACAGUAUAUAGUAAAUAUUCUUGCACCAGUAUGUGUUUAACUUAUACAGGUUUGCAUUACUUACCCUUCUUAUGUGGCAUUCUCAAGUUUUUUGUGGCAUAAUUUUGUAAAGGCAAACAGGGUCAAAGUUAUGCAAUAAUAAUGAGUGCCUAGUAUUAUAAACAUUAUCUCAUAUGGGACGUUUGUGCACGGAUACUAACAAAAGAAAGUGCUCUACAAACAAGAGCACCUCAAGUUGCCUGGUUAAAGUACCCAAACACAACACAAAAAAAUUAAAUAGUUGAAAUGCACUGAGCCUUAUGUACCAUUUGUUGUCAUCAGAAGGUUAAGCUGUGAAAUUUCCAGUUAGUAUUUGUUCGAACAUUCUGUGUGUCCUACAUUUAUUUUGUAUGGUAUUUGUAUUUUACCCCCCUAUGGAAGGAUGCAUCAACAGGACUAUGGUAAUCGGGUGUCCCCGGUUAUAAUAGAGCAGUCACAAGAACCGAAUGUUAAGACACUGGUGGUACAGCGUUUGUUAUUUUGGUAAUUCCUCUGUGAACAACAUUGAUCCCUCUCGAGUCUCUGUAAAAUAUUGCUUUUGUUUCUAUAUUUACUUACUUUGGAAUCAAAAUAUUUACUCCGUUGCCUUUGUUUCUUGUUUUGCUGAUAUUCUGUAAUUAUCUUUCUUGUAUUUAUGUAUAGUAGUGUGUGUAUUGUAAAUAUAUUCAGAGGUUUUUUGUUGUUUUACUGUAAAGUUGUUAUAUUUUACCCUUAUACACUUCAAAGGGAGUCCCUUUACAUUAAACCCUGUUGGAGGAUGUCACGUCCCAGUCAUUUCAAAGGUUGAACGGAUGUUUUCAGCUUUAUUUCGGUUCUUCAGAGGUCGUCUAAAUAUUCUGUGCUUUUUGCUAUUCUCUGUAUUUUCGUUUUCCAGAAGAUUGAGCUGUGAAUUGAAAUUGAGGUUACACUUGUUUGAUAAUCUAAUCGGAGGCAUGGAAGUUAAUAAACUUGCAUUUUGUAUGGAA